ACGUGGACGGGUGAAAUGGGGUGCAGGGAAAACAUAAGGGAAAAGAAAGAGCUCUUGUAGUAGGCCCAGGGCCUAGGGUAUAAAUUUAUGACGCUUUACGCACAUACAUGUGUGAAGAUCCUCAAAGAGAAAUUUCGGUGCUCUUAAUGGGAAUUUCUACGAAAGUACUAAAUUUUGCCAUGGUGGGACCUAAGAGCUCAAAAAAGUUUUGGAUUUUUUUUAAACCUCCUUGGUUGGAACGGUGCCACAACAUUAUUUUAAUUAUCUGCGGCAAAUGCUCUUCUUUUAUAUAUUUUUUUACUAAAACAUGUAGUCAAGCAUUUUUAUUCUUGAUUUUUACAGAUGCAGCGUGGAAGCGCUAAGCUACCGUGGCAAGAGCUGGCGUGGGUUUUCUGCAUCUUGCAGUUCGAAGACUUCGAGCGCGGCUGAUCCAUCGCAUGCAGCAAUAUAGCGCUGACGCUAUGCGAACAGCACGCGGGUCGCGUCGCCUUUGCAAGCGCAUAAGCUAAAGACGACAGCAGCGAGGACGCCAGGACGCUCUCAGCAGCGGUCCGCAGACGCGCACGAAGAGCGUGCGAGCGCAUGUCGGCGCCCGCAGCACGUGACCAUCCGCUCAGCCAAUCCCAAACAUUCAUAACUGGAUGUGUAACUGUUAACUCUCCUCUGUUGCCUCUAUUCCCUCUGUUUCGCUUUUCUUCUGCCGCUGUUUGCGGGGCGGGCCGGCUACCCAUGUGAAAGCAGAAAGAAGAAGCUGACAAGUUCCGCCGCAGCCGAACGCGACAGGCGAGUCGUUGUUCGGGGCGGUGUGUGCGACGAAUCUGUAACAACUUUGCUUCUGUUCCCUGGUUGAACAGCACGACUUCCAACGUCUGUUUAUCGCAGCUUCGCGCAUCCGAGGCGUUUCGAGAUGGCCCAUGCAGCCGCGGUUGGAUUGCAGCCGUUAGACGCCGGUUUAAAGCGCUGUGGUGGAAGUGGUCCAGCAAACUUCGAGCUCCUCGACGAAAUAGGCACUGGCAGCUUCAGCGUGGUGUACAAAGCUCGAACUAUCCAAGACGGCGCACUUGUGGCUGUUAAGAAAGUUAAGGUGAAAGACAUGCGUGACGAAAAGGCCAAAAAUGACUGCGUGAAGGAAAUAGCCCUUCUUCAGAAGCUAGAUCAUCCACACAUCAUAAAAUAUCACAGCUCCUUCAUUUGGAAUGGGGAACUCAACAUUGUACUUGAGCUAGCAGAUGGUGGUGACCUGGCACAGUUUAUAAAGUGUUUCAGGCAGCAUGGUAAGCUGGUUCCCGAGCCAACCAUCUGGAGGUACUUCUCGCAGGUGUGUGCCGCCCUCAAGCACAUGCACUUGAAGAGGAUAAUGCACAGAGAUGUGAAACCGGCCAACGUGUUCAUCACUAGUGAUGGUAGGGUCAAGCUGGGAGACCUAGGACUGGGACGCUUCUUCAAUCCCAGCAGUGUUGCUGCCAACUCUUUCGUGGGAACACCGUUCUACAUGUCACCUGAACGCAUUCAGGAGCUGGAGUACGACUUUCGUUCAGACGUAUGGUCAGCCGGUUGCCUUCUCUAUGAGAUGGCAGCUCUGCAGUCCCCAUUCGCCAAUGAGACCAAGAACCUUUACUCUCUUGUGAAGAAGGUGGUGGCUAGCGAAUACCCACCUAUUCCAAGUAACCUCUACUCGGAUGAGCUACGUGCCCUGGUUGCCGUCUGCAUGGAUCCAAACCCCAUGAAGCGCCGGGAUAUAAGCUACGCUUGCACUGUGGCCACACAAAUGUACGAGCGCUUCGUACAGGCAUCCGCAUGCAUGGCAAAAGCACUGGCCUCUACGUGACAUGGUGAUCUCACUGACUGGCAGCAGCACAAGUCUUUUGCACUGUACACUCAUGGUUUGAUGUGUAUGAGUACACAAUAAGCUUGUCAAUGGAAUUUUCUUUAUUGACUGGAAUCAGAAAGGGCACAGUGAAUGGAAGAUGACGUGCUGAAGAAUGUUUCAUUGCUGUCUUUGUGAUAAAAUGUGUUAUGGCUAGAAGCUGGAUCUUUAGCCACUAAGAAACGACUGCAGUGCCUUGCAGCAUGGUGCUGUAAGGGUGACUGUUGCUUCUGAAAAUAUGCAAGAGAACACUGACUGGUGAUGUCUUGGUACACCAUUUUUCAGAUAUCCAGGAACUGCAUUAAGAUACAAUGAAGGAUAAGUUUUCUUGCAUGAAACAUCUUUAGUAGAAAGUACGAGCCAUCACAUGCAGGGCACAUUGUGGAUCUCUGUUGUACAGCAUCCAGUGCUGUUUCAUUUUAGUAAAGACGACCUUCACUUGGUCAGCCACUGAAGCUAGUACCCUUCAUACAAACCAAGGCAAUGCAUGGGAAAAGUAGAUUCAACUAGAUAAGAUUAUACUGAAGCUAUGAAAAAGCAGUGUUUUCUUGCAGCCUGGGCACGUAGAUGAAACACACAUUGAGCCUACAUGGUUAAGCGUCGCAGUUCAAGGCAACACACUUAGCCACAACAAAAUUGUUUUUUGCAGCUUCAUCCAUUUUGUUUGCUGAACAAAUGGUUCUGCACUCUUCUUUAUUUUUUUUCCUGGCCAUAUCUAAGGUGCUAUUGGGUUGAUAAGGUUUAAUGCUUUGCGCUAUACCAUGUCACUUUCCUGACUACAGAAUUCUGCUUUGUUAGUCUAAAAUUGCACCAUGCCAUUUUGAAGCUUAUGUUUAAACAGCUGCUCAAGGGCUGCUUUACACAAAUGUGGCAGACGCUGAUGAAACUGUCAAGUGUUGUUCUUAAAAGCAAAUUGUGUAGCACUGAGUACUGUUGUGAAAAUGUGAAACUGCUGGCAGCUUGGUUUUGCUAUUGGUUAUAUUGGAAAUACUUUUGCUUUAGCAUUGUCUGAACUUUCUGAGAUGUCAUUUUUCAGUUGUAUGAGCUGUGGAUCUUAUUCACUGUGCCCUUGUUCAGUCUGGUGCUAGCAUUCCUAGUCACUCUAAUAAGGAACAGCUUCUACAUAGUUGACUCCCUAAGCACAUUUAAUUAGGUCAGGGGGUGUUGCACCAUGCACUAAAACAGUCUACACCUGCUGAAGUGGUGUUGCACUGGAGCAGUUGUUGCAAAUUCGUAGUAAUAAACUGAGUGGUGAGGGCUGGUGAGAAAAGUGCAUUGAGCACUGAUACAGAAUAAGCAUGGGUCUUUUGGAGACCACCUCUCACAAAGAGGUUCAUCUUGUGCAUAGAUUUGUUUGAGGGGAGAAAUUCAGAAACGAUAGAUGCCAUGACCACCAUUUGUAUUGCUUGUAAUUUUUUAGCAGUGCAUGUCUCUUGUAUUUGGCCACAUUUCAGAGCCAGCAAGUUCUCUGCGAUUAGGAGUAAGCUACGCUUGAUGGCUACAUGAGAAAUGUUGAGUGAAAGUGUUUCAAAAAUAGACAGAAGGCAGGUGUCUUCAAGCCUCAUGUAGCUAAGGAACAAUGGAAAAGGAAAUGGCACCAUGUCAUGACUGCAAGUUAAGCUUGCAAAAUGUGUUUCAUGUUGACACUGAGUCCCUUUCAGUGAACCUUGUUGUGUUGAGCAUCAAGGAAUCAUGCAAGACCUUCGUUUUAGUGUAUACAUUUGGCACUAGUUUGCACUAGUGACACUAGGUUGCAUUGCAAGUUAAUGUCGAAAAGUGUUAAUUUCUGAUGGUGUUGCUACCAGCAUAGUGAUGGUUGUGAUCCCCAGUAUUAACAUAUGACAGUCUAAUGCUAAUACGACAAGGUCACUUGGUGGCAGGAAAUGUCACAUCAGUGCCUAGUUUUAAAAAAAAGAUAUGUAUCACUGCACAACAACAAACAUGCUACAGCUGGCAGUUUCAGUGCAUGCUUGCAACACCACCCAAAUAGUAUAUGAAAGUGUUUAUUUGCAUUUGCUGCAGGGGCCAUGCCCUGCAGAUUUGUUACAAUGGCAUGGUCACAUUUGUACUUGUGAUGAACUGAAUGCAUUUGCCACCUGCCAGCCAAAUACCAGAUGAUGAUUAUUUGCUCAAGUCGACUGUUAUGAUAUUGUGCCGUGAAUUUAUGUUGUGUAUGAUAUAUUAAUGCAAGCUAGAUUGAAGGGGCCUUUAAAUAGCACAUAUAUUUUUUGAAGUAUACAUUUUUUCGUGCGCACAUGUUGAUUGUGUAUCUUUAAGGAGGCUGUACCUGCUUGAGGAAGUCACAGGAGCAUGUAGAACUGUUCAGCAGCUUUUUCUCGACAGUGACAUUAUAGAAUAUAUUUUCUGGAAGUUUACGAAUAAAGUGUUUUACAUACA